AUGGUGCCCAAGAUUAGAGUAUCGCUUGCAAGAAAAAAUGCGUCGAAACGCGAGAAACUAGUGACGGGUUUCGUCAUCAUGAGUGCGAUGGUGUUUCUCUGGAUUGGGGGAACUUCAGGUACAUAUAUAGUAGGAUCAUUUUAGUAUUGCCCGAUUUGUACUAGCUAGGGACGGACGAUGCAUGCCAAUGAAAAGAUUCUUUCUUCAUUUCAGGCGCACUUGAACCUAACCUUACAAGCGUGGAAUCCUGGGGCGAGACACAGAUCAAGGUUACCUGGCAACCGUUCGAUCACGUGGACAACGAUAAGCCUCACUUCUAUGAACUUUAUAUUGAUGACCAUCUGGAGUACUUUGGAAAUGACGUCAUCUAUAUAGCGAGACGACUCACCCCGGAUACGAUGUAUCAUUUUAAACUACGUUCUUGCAUACAAGACAGUCGUGUUUGCUCUUCGUUUUCGAAAACAUUGUCUGGGACAACGGCUCAAUCAGGUAAGUUUGGAUUUAAAAAACCUUACAUUGGAUGGCGCCGUCACUUCUAAAUUGUUCUAGAGAUCCGAUAAGGACCAUAACCAUUCCUGAUUCCAGCAGUGUUACUGCUGGAGGAGACCCUAGACUCCCCUAGUACCCGAGAAAACCUACAGUAUUUGGUGGAGACAAAUUGGAAGGGCGCUCUUGUUUCAUGCAAGCACUUGAAGCAACUUCAUUUUGCAUUCAAAUCUUGUUGUUUACAAAACGUUAUUUUCUGCAGGAAAACGUGGCUUCACAAAGUCUUUCAUCCAGUGGACAAUUCUCAUCACAAUUCUUGCCAGUACUACGGCACUCCUCGGCGCGAAAAUAACCAGACGUUUAUGGAGGUAUUUAAUGAUGUAAAAACUAUUGUAUAAAUAUGGCAUUAUUAUAAAAUAACUUUUGUUUCUUUUGACAGAUCAUUUCUCUACAAAUACGACUAUAGGUCUGAAACGAACCUUCAACUUCCAAAAUACGCAGCCAGCACUGAUACUAUUGAUGAAGAUCUUAUUUCUUCACUUUGUUUGAAAAAUUUACCAAACGCGGAAGGCAAUAGAAAAAGUAUAGAGCUUGCAUGUAAUGCAUUUGAAACAAACUGCAAACUUUUAGAGAGCAAAGAUAUUUUAAAAGAUGACGUUUCUGACGAAUCAUCUUGUUCAAAAGAAAAAAGAAAGUGUAGCAAAGAUGCUCCCAUUGAAAGUAGUUCUGAGCACGCCUUACGUACAGGUCUGUCAACAGUUCAAAAGAACUGUGAGUUUUUAAACACACACGAAAACAAACAUAAUUUUACAGUGGAGAUUGAAGAAAUACAUCUCAAAGAUAACGAGAGAAUCGCAAAGUCGCCUUGCAAACGUAAGACAGGUGAAACGUUAACCAUUCAGAGAGCGCAUACAAGUCCAAAAUUAAAAAUUACAAAAGAUUUUGACUCGAAACGAAAGAAUAAAGGUGGUCACAGACGUGCGCUUUCUUUCGACAGCAACAUACUCAACAAAAACCACAAAGAAAUAUUCAAAUCUCACAGCCCAAAACCCACUAAACAUAACAAAAUUCCACACAACGUUAAACAUUCAACUGAUUUGGUAAUAGUUGUGGACAAUAGUAAUAUUUUUAUUGGCGCUCAAGAAUGUGCGAGCCUACUUAACCCAAACGAACGUAAGCGUCAUAUACGUGUCAAGAUUCAACAGUUGGUUAAAGUCUUUCAAAGAGGCAGAGUUGUUUCCCGUGCUUUUGUGCAAGGUUCCAGUCCUCCUACGACCGAGCAAGUUUGGGAGGUAUAUAGGUAGGUCAUAUUCUACUGUAUAUUUUGAUAUUUGUCUCGUGAAAACUGGAUGUCGUAGGCUAUACUAAAAUUACCGGUGUCAAAACACGACUGAGGUGAAAUUAUAAUCAGACAAUUGCAUAUCGCAGUCACAGAGGUGAACCCCAGUCACAGAACUGAAAGACACCUGACACAUGUCUUUUACACCAUCCUGAAUCUUGCCGACAUGCCUUUCUAGACGUCUUGGAUAUUGUGUGGAUCUAGAAGACAGGAGAGGAAGAGAUGAACAGAGAGUCGAUGAAGGUCUUCAUCUGCAUAUUUACAAGGUAACAAGAAAAAAACAGAAACUGGAUACAAUAGCUCUCUCAUUUCUGAACUGUUCUUCAUAGAGAUUCAAUAAGGAGUAAAGGAUCAUCUCUUAUUGUCCCAGUGUUAAGCCUGAUUUACACUAUCAAAGUUUCUGUGAUCACAGUAGGAAUUUUGCAUGGGUAAAUUCUAAGUUUUGAAGGAUUUGUAAGAAAUGUUUGAGGGAACGAACUCAGUGUUGAACACUUAGUUCCUUCAAACAUUUCUUACAAAUCCUCCAAAACUUAGAAUUUACACCCAUGCAAAAUUCCUACUGUGAUCACAGAAACUUGAUAGUGUAUCUUUCCUUUUCGAGGAAAACAGAGUACUGGAAGAAAACCUGUGGACUCCAACUGGAAGCGACUAAAUCAAAUUAUGAUGAGAUUAUUUGCAUAUGGUUGCAAGAGGAUUAGAUGUCAAUUGGGCCUUUUGUCCUGUUUUCAUUCCCUGCCACAAACUGUAACUACUGUCUGUAAUAUGUUUCGUAUGUAAUCUGUGGUAAAUCUAUUAAACUAAACUAAACUAAGAGAAGCAGAUAUGAAGACACUGACUUCUGGGUGCCCCUGACAUCGAUGUGUUUUACUGUUCAGGCAUUAUUUGAGCUAUCACCUCGCACACUGAUCAUUGCAAGCGGAGAUGGGAACAAGGGGAAGUCAGAAUGCGCUACCAGCUUGCCUGGUUGUGCACAAGCUGCCAUUGAGAGAGGCUGGAAAGUAGAAAUUCAUUCAUGGCAACAUUCAACAAGUAUGGAAUGGAUUAAACUUUCCAAGAAAUAUCCUGAGUUGUUGAGCAUCCACUACCUUGACAGGUACUCAUUAUUCAGCUCAACUUUGAAGUCCGCAUUCAUGCUUAUUUUUACAUUUGGAGAAGGUAGGAAUACACAUUCUGUACGAGAUACAACGACAUGAAAAAUACAAACACAACUUCGAGCGAAGGCUCUUUGUCAUGGAGUUCAGUGGUAGCACAUUCUAGAUCUAUUAAUUAUUUCCAGUCAUUAUUUCUAGUCUCAAAAUGAUCAUAUUUUCUUUUUAGGUACUUAAAUCACAUAACAUUUGUGGAUGGAAAGUAUGGUCGAAGAUGUGAGCCAUUCCCGGCAGACGUCUUCAAAUAUGAACUUAUUUAACGGGAAAAUGACUUCAGAAUGAGCGUAGAUUUCGUUACUGUGAAUUGUAAAUACAGUCGACAGGAAAAUAAAUUUUAACUUCUUAUAUAUUGUACUAAUGUGUAACUUUAUGCGUAUUAACUCCGUAGACACUUUUCUGGAGGUCCUGACAUUCUGGGAGGUGGUGUCACCGCACUACAGCUCGUCACAAAAUCUGCUCAUUUCGCGGCCUUUUCCAUUAAUCAUCAUUUGCAUCUAAGGACUGUUUAUUCUCACUUGAAACAAUAAUGUUCGUCAAUUGCAUUUGACAGUUACCAAUUCGGCAUCACUCCAUAAUACAUACAUGAAGUUGUUAGAUGUGUAGUCUCAAAGGCCAGUGGGCCUUCUUGGUUAAUGUUCAGAAUCUGGACUCUUUCUCAGUAGCCUCAGUUGGUUAGAGCGCUGCACCGGUCUCUGCCUGUGUAGGUAUAGUGGCAAUAAUAAGAAAGCUUCAUUGAUAGGGAUACAACUACCUGAAAAAUACAAGCAGAACUUCAACGUUUCGAUGUCAGUCCUUCGCCGCUACUAAAUUCACGACGAAGAGCCUUCGCUCGUCAAAGUUCUCCUUGUAUUUUUCAGGUAGUUGUAUCCAUAUCAAUCCACAGCUUUCGUAAAAAAGAACUACCGCCCCUUUGAACUUCAUGGAGUUGCCAUGUUUUUAAUUAGAAUAGAGCAACUGGUAUUUUUGUUUCCCCUUAUCAAUAGGUGAUUAUCUCUUCAGAUACCUCCCGAAAUAUGUAGAAAGCACAGAUAUCUUGAUGGAGAUCGCAUGCCUAUUAAAGUCUUCGCUGUGUUUGAAAAAUUUAGUAGAGGACGAGAAAGUCAAAAUAAACAGCCGAAUUUCAGGUAGGAGGGCGAUUGUGUGUACACCACUGGUUUAGACAAACUGCAUGUGCAGUCUUUCAACUUUGCUGUGCGAUUCCCUGGCUUAUAAUGAGUGUUUAUGACUGCAAUAGUGAAAAUAUUUUCGGUGAGAUGAAACAUCACUUCUCUUCAAUAGGCUUGUUCUCCAAUAAGCGCCCCCCACAGGCAAUUCAAUAUUCAAAUAUUCCAUGUUAUAUUUUUAGCGUAAACCUCGAAGUAAAACAUUGAUAAUUGAAAGGCAAAUAUCAGAGAAAUAUAUCAGUUAUUUGUUGGACGAAGAAAGGAAUUUGUCGUGAGAAAGUGCGCGGUUUUAAUUCACAAGUUUAUAAACAAAAAUGUGUAAAGAUUAGCAUGCAAAAAUGCUCGGAAUUUCCCAUUAAGCCAUGCGUCAAAAGUCGUGCUGCGAAUGCAGAAGAAUUAAAUGUGUUGAUACCGCAAAAGAAUUCCAACAUUUAACAUGGAUUUGAACAAGAAUUUGUGGUUUUUUCAACUGGUUUUAAAGCUGCCUGGAUAGAUUUUGUAGUGGCCAUGACACUUGAUUGUAUUUGUGGAGGAAACGGCGCGAAGCAGCGAAAUUUAUUCAGUGUGAAAGUUCACUUAUUGGAUAAUACUAUCAGUGAAUAUUCACUCAAUAAAAAAUGCUCUGGGUUAGACUGUCUCAAGAAAAUUGCACAAGAAGUGAACUUAAAAGAAGUAGGUAUUCUAAUAUAGCGAAUUCUUAAUGACCAUAGGCAGAGUUAACCUUAUUAACUUUGAGUGAAAAGUACUCAUGAAUUGUGCUGGUUAUCAUGUAAACAGCGAAGCAUUCAGUUGUGUAUGUAAACAUUCUUUAAUCCACUUAGACUCUUAGUAUAAUCUUACACAAAUCUAAAUCUGAAAAAAAGCACUGGCUUAUUACUCUGUGCUUUUCAAUGUAAAUUUUAGCAAUUAAAUUUAAUUAAGGCCAUGGGGAAGUGAUUUUCACUUUAGUUAAUUAUCAAAUUAUAUGCAGUGAUGUUUGGAAUUUAAGAUUCCGCCGUUUGAGAAAUAUAUCCUAAAUAUUUGACCUUGAGUUUUGCUUGUUUUACGGCGUGUAUGUGUGUGAUACUCCCAAUAUAACAAAUAUUUUGAUAUUAUUAUUAGCACACAUACAUUACAAAUACCAUUGUUUUGGCUUAUUAGUAUUCUUUGGAAUUGAGAAUUUUUUACAAAUAGGCAUACACGCAUUACACGCAUAACUUUAUGCUCUUUAAUUAAUAUUAUCUAUACAGAAUGUUAACAUUUAGCACUUUUUACUGGGAACAACCCAACAGCAUUGGGGCACAUUGCGACUUAAUCGAUUCACUCGGUUUUCAUUCAAAAAUUCACAUCCGCAGAAAACCCUCAAUCAAAUUUCACAUAUUUGUGGUUCUAUAAUCUUUUUGAACCUUUCAACACCUAUAGCUAACUCUUUCCCUUUUCUGAUGUUAUAGACAGAGUUUUAUAACAAGAUACUGGGUACAAGAUAUGUGAACAAUUAGUUCAUUUUAGUCACCCUUUAAGUGGCAAUGUGCCCUGAUGCACCCUACUUUAUUAUAUUACUCCGUCUAAAGCCGGACGAUUUUACUUGUCAAGGAAGAGUGGUACCACUCAAUGGGCUAAUGAUCAACACUUUCCCUUUGGCAAGUAAACUUGUUUGGUACUAGACAGAAAUGACAAAGCAGGACGCAUAUAUUUAGAUUGCAUUCUGAGGUAUUUGAUUAUAUAAUUGUAUUUUAGUGACAUGAAUCUGCAUAUAUCUAUUCAUUCAUUUUUCUUGCAGAUUUCAUAUUUUGGUUUGAAAUAUGGUUGCAGUGAGUCGUCUGCUGGAAAAUGGCUUGACUUGGAUAAAAAUCUCUGCAAAGAAAUAAAGAGGCUUACCAUUGAGGACAUCGAUGACGUUGUUAUUCAUUUUCAAAUACGAUUCUUUGCCACAAAUGUGGAGUCGUUAACUGAAGACACGACAAGGUGACUGCAGCAUUCUUGUAGCUGUAAAGUUUUUCACUAUUUUAUCUCUGGACGGGCUUUGCUUAUAGGUGAAUGGGUCCUAACCAUUGUGAGGGAUGUACAGUAUGUCAUCAUUUAGCCUGAACUUCAGACAGUCGUUCAUUGAGAUUGAGAUGUCCUCAAGUGGUUGUCUGAAAUUCAGGCUAGUUAUCAUUUAGUUGCCUUAAAGUAUGUUUCGUACUAUACAAAUAUAAUACAGCUCUAUUGUAGGCCUCGCUAUAAAGUAGUUAUUUUUCCUCUCAAGGUAUUUGUAUUAUUUGCAAUUGCGACAAAACAUCCAGGAUGGUGUACUAUAUUGCAGUGAAGAGGAAGCGCUGGUGUUGGCGUCUUAUGCUUUGCAAGGUUGGUUGCUAUAAAAUGUGUCAACAUUGCAAUACAUGACAAUAUAUAAUCAUGACGAUGUGUUUUAUUCUCACAGCUGAGUAUGGUGAUUAUGAUUCAAGUGAGCAUAAAGAAGACUUUAUUCAAGAAUAUCAACUUUUACCAACGGUAAUGAAUCUUGAUGAAUAAGCUAUUGUGUGAUAUAAGUGACUGCACCAGUGGAGCUGAAAAUGUUUUGACUGCCGUGAGAAUUGAAUUGUGGUCAAGCAAUUUUUUAGCUUGCUCAGCAUGGAGCCACUCAAGGUGGUCUAAAAUUCUAACACCACUUGAAUCAUUUUCAAAUCUGUUAUACAUUUUGCUAUUGAUGAACAAAUACAGAGUGGCUUGGUAUAGGUUAAACAGCCCAAUGUUAUUUUUUACUUUCAGGAUUUCAAUACUGAAAAGUCGAAUGCAGAACUCUAUGCUGAGGUUAUUAUUAUCAUGUUUGAGAGUAAAGUUUAAUAUGGCUGGGAAAUAUAACAGUUUUUUUUAUUGAGACCUAAUAAAUGUAUACCGUAUCUUAACCCAUUAAGCUGCAAUGUACCCAAAUGCACCCAACAUUAUUUACUAUAUACAUUAAUGCACAUUAAUGAAUUUAUUAUUCUUUAUAUUGCAUAACAUUAAUACUCAUUUGAAAGAGGGUCCAUCAGCUUAAUCAUUGUACGUUUUAAUUUAACAAUAUCUUUCCUGUUUGUAUAGAUAGCGGAAAAACAUAAAAACUAUGUGUAAGUUUAUUAAAUGAAACAUUUAGUAUGUAAAAUUAGUAGAUGGCUCUUUUGGAGGUAGUUUUCUCACAGUCACAUUCCUGUAUCAUUGUAGUGGAAUGUCAACGACUGAUUCAGAGUUUGCUUACAUCAAGUAUGCACACCAACUGGAGUGUUAUGGACACGAAUUUCAUCCAGCUGAAGUAAGUGGAGAAUUGCUUUUUCCAAUGCAUGCACAAGAUCAGAAAGCUUGCGUAAAAGGUUCAAUCUCUAUGUGAGAGAAAAACAUCUUUCUUGCUCUGUUUAGGACACUGAAGGUCGCGCUGUAAAUAUCGGUCCAUGUGCCCGAGGCGUCUUUCUUAAAUACGACAGUGAAACACCAAUCACAUACUUCAAGUAAGCCAUUAUGCCUUGACGAUCUUAUCACAAUUCUGAUUGGCUGAGAACGGUGCAGUGUUAUUGAAAUGCCGACCAAAAAACACCGUUUUUCAUAUCUAGUUUGUGUCGUAUUAUUUUAGUUGGCCAGAUAUUGUUAAUAUGAUGCACAGUAAGAAACAGUUCAUUGUUGAAACUUCCAGUUUAAAAUCUGUCAUUGAGAUGGUAAGUUCAUUUUCUUAAACCAAAGCAUGAAUAAUUACGUAUGCCUAGGGAUAUGUUUUAUUGUGUUAUUUGUGCACACAUUGAAUCCAUGUUAAUUUGUCAGGGUUCAAUUGAAGAUGCGAACUAUGCUUGGCAGAUGUGUGUUGAUCAUCAUCAGUUUUAUAGGAUUGGAGAUCAAAGUAAGGCAAGCAGUAUCUGCAGUGAACAAGGGUAAGAUUUCAACAUCCAAUAUUAUCAAACACUGUGUCUUUUCCGCGGGGAUAUUACCUCCGCGCUUUGCGUCUACACUACGUGUUCUUGCGCGUCCGUGUGCGUUCCACUGCGUGUUCAGGUGCGUUCCAUGUGCGUGUGACCUGCGUGCAUAUAGUGCGUGCAAUAACUGUUUAACAUUUUUGUGAUUCAUUUAACAGUAGUAUGCCACUGUAGUUACGGUAAUGUUAAUUUCUAGCACUGUUUUUAGACGAAAAGAGAGUUCUCCUGCUAAACGAAAUUCGGCCACAGUUGUAAGUUUUUAUCCCAUCAAUUUUAUUUUAUAUAUUUUCUUUGAAUUUCUCAAACCUUGUUUUGUUCUAUUGAUUGUGAUUAAAUCACACAAGUUCUGUACUCGAGACAAAAGGUUGUAGGUUUUGAGAGUUUCUUUUCUUCUUUCCAGGAAACGUCUAACGGAAAUCCCAACGGUAAAUAUAACAUGUAGUAUACUGUACGUGCUGCGUUAUUCACAUGUGUAUGCUCAAUAAAUUAAAACUAAAAAGUCUUUAUUUCUGGCAGGUGAAGGUUUAUAUAACCCUGCGUUCAAUGACUCGACAUUACAAGAAAACAACGAAAGCGAUCCUGAAUCAAAACGAACCAGUCGAGAAUCUGGUAUCUACGGUUCUGCUGAAUCUCGCGUGGAUAAACACGAUGAUAGGACUUCAUUGCCGAGCACGUCACAUGCUUUGCAAAAUGAUGUUUUAAAUAAUAACGAUGCUGGCAUACCAGCGGACUUUAUAAUGGCGUCGUAUAAGACUUUUGAUAAUCAACCAAGAUCUCGUCAACAUCUUGAUAGCAAUGCACGAAGGUCUUAUCCAAGAGCCUCGUCUCCAGGUAGUGACAAAACAGGACAGCCUGUUGGACGGUAAGCUUAUGGGAAAAAUGGCCGACUCGAGUUUGGACAAUCACACUGAUAACGGAACCCAUUGUUUUUUUGAGAAAAUGCCGUUAUUAAGGGACACAAUGAACUAGGAAUAUGUCACAGAAUAGAGACCGACUUGUGUCUUUAUUCUAUGAAUAUGCCCCUAUUUCUUUCAAAUAUUAAAAAUAGGUACGCUAAGCGUACAUGCUGUCAGUUUGGUGUACUGUACUACUUCAUGUUAUACGAAAUUUGGGUUAUAAACCAUACAUAUAAAGCUUCUAUCAUUCUUCUUCUCUGUGUAGAAGUGUGUCAAUGAUUGUUGCCAAUACUACUGGCGAGAGCUGUGUUGACGCCUGCAGUCUUCAAACGAUGGCGACCAGCGGCUACAGCACAUCAACAGAUUCUGGAUUAUCAAAUACGAAAUCACCCGCAUUAUCCCCCAUGUCUCCUGUUAGUCUCAUUAGUUCCAGUUCAUUCUUUUAUGAAGAUUAUGAAGUACCAUCAGCUGACGAACAGGUUUGAUCUCUAAGUAUAACUGGAAUUAGGUGUAAAUAGCACAAUGAAUCAUCGAUCUAAGUGGUAACCUGUGUUAUCGUAAGAAGAACUGCCACGUGAACCAGCUAGAUAAGAAUGGAGCAAACUGUUGGCAGUGAUUCUGAUUCUAAUGCCCUAUUUAAGCCUGGUUACGGUCGUAAAGAUACAGUAGAGUCGCAAUCUUUCUCAACGGACAGAAGUAUUCUCUCUUUAUAAUUACUCCGCGUAUUUUCAGUUCUAAACUGUUGUAUUUCGGAUGUUGAGAAAGAUCGUGACUCAAUCUUUACGACCGUAACGACCAUAUGGAAACCAGGCUCCUCCGUCAAACAUUCUACCCAACUUCCUGUGAGUAGACGAAUUACGCUGAUUAUAUGCUAUUCCUUGUUUUAGUGCAAACAAUUGGAAGCAGUUAUAAACGGAGGAUGUUUGGAUAUUGAAUUCGCUCGAAUUAAGCUGAAAGAUGAGGUAAUCCACCAGCUCGUGUUCUUUGCCUCCUUGUGACGUGUGUAAAACCAUGUUUCGAUUGCGUAAAAUCAUGUUUCGAUUGUGUACAACCAUGUUUCGAUUGUGUAAAACCAUGUUUCGAUUGUGUAAAACCAUGUUUCGAUUGUGUAAAACCAUGUUUCGAUUGUGUAAAACCAUGUUUCGAUUGUGUAAAACCAUGUUUCGAUUGUGUAAAACCAUGUUUCGAUUGUGUAAACCCAUGUUUCCAUUGUGUAAAACCAUGUUUCGAUUGUGCAAAACCAUGUUUCGAUUGUGUAAAACCAUGUUUCGAUUGUGUAAACCCAUGUUUCCAUUGUGUAAAAUCAUAUUUCGAUUGUGUAAAACCAUGUUUCGAUUGUGUAAAACCAUGUUUCGAUUGUGUAAACCCAUGUUUCCAUUGUGUAAAAUCAUGUUUCGAUUGUGUAAAACCAUGUUUCAAUUGUGUAAAACCAUGUUUCGAUUGUGUACAACCAUGUUUCGAUUGUGUAAAAUCAUGUUUCGAUUGUGUAAAAGCAUGUUUCGAUUGCGUAAAAUCAUGUUUCGAUUGUGUAAAACCAUGUUUCGAUUGUAUAAAACCAUGUUUCGAUUGUGUAAAAUCAUGUUUCGAUUGUGUAAAAUCAUGUUUCGAUUGUGUAAAACCAUGUUUCGAUUGUCUAAAACCAUGUUUCGAUUGUGUAAAAUCAUGUUUCGAUUGUGUAAAACCAUGUUUCGAUUGUGUAAAAUCAUGUUUCGAUUGUGUAAAAUCAUGUUUCGAUUGUGUAAAACCAUGUUUCGAUUGUGUAAAAUCAUGUUUCGAUUGUGUAAAACCAUGUUUCGAUUGUGUAAAAUCAUGUUUCGAUUGUGUAAAAUCAUGUUUCGAUUGUGUAAAAUCAUGUUUCGAUUGUGUAAAACCAUGUUUCGAUUGUGUAAAACCAUGUUUCGAUUGUGUAAAAUCAUGUUUCGAUUGUGUAAAUUGUAAAAGUAUGUUUCGUGUUUUCAUUCUACAGUAUAUAAUUAUUUGUUUAUGAUUCUUUUCAUGUAUAGCGAAGAUCAACGGCCUCUGCACGUCUUCCCGCAAAUCAAACCAGAAAUCGAUAUCCUGAUAUAUUACCGUACGAGGUAUGUCUCAUUGACCAGUUCGUUUCGACUCUGCUAUCAUAAUUAUAUUUUUAUAUUUAAUUAUUAACAAUGCUAGGAAUCAAGGGUGAAUCUCGAUUCUUCAAACAAUACCUCAGGGAAUGACUAUAUUAAUGCAAGUUUUAUAAAGGUACGGUUUAAUUUUCAUUGAUUGGUUUAUGUAAUUUUUAUUUUAUGCGCAGGGUAUAACAUAUAUAUAUAUACAGUAGGACAUUACACAGCGGCGCGAAGAUAUGACUUACAUCUUCGAGUGGUGAAAACGAGGGCAGCGAGUGAGUAAAAUAUUGUUUUUAACACGAGAAGAUAAAAGUCAUAUCUUUAAGCCACCGUGCAAUGUUUUGUUUAUUAUAUAGUCCCAAGCAAAAAAUUGUGAAAUUUUACGCUCAAAAGCAAAUUGGAAAAAGUCACGUGAUCGAUAUCUUCACUAGUGAAGAUAUGGAAAAUAUCUCACUGUGUAUUUUUCAGUAUCUCACUCUCUACUAUAUAAUAAAAUCUCAUAUUCACUUCAAGGUAAAGGUUUCGAACAAACCGUUCAUCUAUAUUGCAUCGCAAGCUCCUACGCAGUCAACUCUCUCUGAUUUCUUGCAAAUGAUCUGGGAGCAAAAUGUGAAGAUUGUAGUCAUGUUGUAUAACAAAAAGGUCAGUCCAAACAUGAUUUUGUAUCAGAUACAGACAAACUUCACGCUCAUCAUUUCGUUUGUGUUUCCCUCAUGAAUUAUAUAUUUAUGAGUUUCACAACAUUCUGGAUACAAAAACAUUUUCUUAAUAUCUAACUAGGAUGGACCUCAGGAGUGUUACAGAUAUUGGCCGAAAGAUAAGAACGACCCAAGUAUACCUUCGAAGCGUGAAUUUGAUGAGGUAAGGGUUGUUAUCGAGUUUCACAACAGGCUAUUGCCCAGGGGCGUAGGAAGCUUCGAAAAGUUGGGAGGGGGGCAGGCUUUGAGGGGCACUUUUCGGAAAAAAAGGGCAUCUAAAAAUUUUUUCCCGGAAAUGUUGGCGACGGGGCUUGGGAGGCAUCUCAAAAAAAUUUUCCGGACAUACCAAAAAUAUUUUCCGGAUAUACCACAUUUUUUCCUAAAUACGAAAACAUUUUUCCGGUCAUAUGAUAUUUUUCCCGGAAAUUAAAAAAAUUUUCCGGAAAUAACAUUGAUUCAAGUUUUCAAAAGUGCCCUUCGGGCAAAAAAUGCAAUUUUAAUGAAAAUUUUUCACGCAAAAAGACCAAAACUUGGGGGGCCCUGGCCCCCCGGUUACUACGCCCCUGCUAUUGCCCAAUUGACAGGGGAUCCAACAAUCCAAGGUACCUACGAUUUUAACGUCCUUAUAAAUGUAAGGUCCGUAGCACUUUCUCCUCAAUUAUUUUAAGACAUUGAGUAGAGGUCCAACCAAGGAUUGAACUCGGCUCUCCGAGCUUGAAAGACAAGCGUCAAGGCCUGCAUGGUUUGUAGCAUCAUUUGUACCAGGAAGUGGAGAUAUAUUUUAUGGUCAUUCAUGCAUAACUGUCUCUAAAUGAAUUGUUUCUGUUAACGUUUAUAGUUUGAAGUGACAACACAAUUUGUUAACAAAUCUUCGUGCUACAAAUCAAGAGGAUUGAAGCUGCGUCAUAACAAGCAAGAACAGGUACAGUAUGAAAUAUAAGAUACAACAAGCCAAAGCAAGACAGUUUUUUUAUCUUUCUCUUUAUUCUUGCAAAGGAAAAAACCAUCAUCUUACUGCAGUUUUCCCAUUGGCCACAUAAUGGAAUCCCAGCUGAUGCUUCAGUUUUACUGGGUAAGAUUGCAUUUUAUAAUUAUUAUUAGGCCUGGUUCACACUAUCAAAGUUUCUGUGAUCACAGUAAGAAUUUUGCAAGUUUUGAAGGAUUUGUAAGAAAUGUUUAAGGGAAUUGACUCAGUGUUUAACACAGAGUGAUGUUUUAACGUUGUUCUAGAUUUCAUGGCUGAAGUGGAAUCGAUACGAAAUGAGUUUAUCCAGGCAGAAAGUGACAACACGCCAUCGCCUGUUGUCGUACACUGUCGUUCUGGUGUCGGGAGAACUGGAGUGUUUAUUUUAGCAGAUCUGAUGAUCGCUCAUCUUCAAAAUCAAAUCAGACAGGUUUGUCAUUUGUAUUAGGUUAUGUGAGGAUAUUAAGGGAUUAAGGUUAGGGUUACUCAGGUUAGUGGUAGGAUUAGCAUAAGGGUAAAGAGCUGUUCAUCAAACCAAGCUAAGCCAACUUUAAAAUGUCAUGAUGCCGGGCCAGCCAAGCUCCAUAUGAACAACCCCUGAGGAUUAGGUUUUACAUCCAUAUUAUCAUUAAUUGUAAUAACUCGCGAGCUUACAAAAUGAGAGAACGUAAGCCAGCCUUGUUAAACAGUUCAUUUCUUUUGAUAGCCUUUCAAUGUUGCAAGAGUUUUGUCGAAGUUGCGAAGUCAACGAAUGUCGUUGAUACGAACUGUGGAGCAAUAUCGCUUUGUGUAUGCAUUACUAAUACAAUAUCUCAAAAAUAGUAGGCUAAUCUAG